AUGGACCUAUUUUCUACAAUUGUUAAGGUUCUUAUGAUUAUUGGAAAGAAUGGCUCUAUAUCGGAUGAUAAGUGCAAAGCUCAAGAUUUGGAAGCUUGUUAUGUGCCUCAUGGAAGAUCAAAGCGUUUUGUUGAACAAGUUUCCUAUUGUCAUCAUUUUCGCAUUGAUGUGUUUAUAGAGGUAAUUGAUUUAUUACUUCAAGAAUUUGACAAUCGAUUUGAUGAAGUCAAUAUGGAGUUGAUCAGAUGCAUGACUUGCUUCAGUCCUAGAGAUGACUUCUCUUCUUUUGACAAAGAAAGUGUACUCAAACUUGCAACAUUUUAUCCUUCUGAUUUUUCAAGCAUUGAUUUGAGGUCUCUUGAUUGUCAACUUGAUAUAUUCAUGGAGGAUAUGAGAAGAGAUAAUGACUUUCAGAAUUUGCAAGAUCUUAGUUCUCUUUCAAUGAAGCUUGUUGAAACAAAGAGGGAUGUGGCUUACCCCUUUGUCCUUUUGCUUAUCAAGUUGAUUUUGAUUCUUCCGGUUGCUACUGCAAGUGUAGAGAGAGUAUUUUCUGGAAUGACGUUUGUGAAGAAUAAGUUGCGAAAUAGAAUUGGUGAUAAACCUUUGAAUGAUUGUUUGGUGACUUUCAUUGAGAAAGAAAUGUUUGUACAAGUCUCAGAUGAUGAUAUAGUCCAUCGCUUUGAGGAAAUGAAGGCUCGUAGAAAAAUAAAUUAG